AUGUCCGACGCCGACUUUGCAGCAGUCAAGAAGCUGCAAGCAGAGCGCAACGCUGCAGCAGCAGGAAAGAAAGGUUCAAAGACUUUCGACCCUUCAAACCAGCGAACUGACGCAUCGACCAAGGCUUCCCUAACUGAGAGCUUCGAUACAGAGCUCUACGAUCGAAAUGGAGGAGACAAGUUUGCAGGUUAUGAUACUUCGAUUGCAGUAGGUGGCGAUGACGAGAUGGGAGACGCGAAUGGGGACGGUGGCAGUAGGAGGUUGGUGGGGCAGUAUACAGCGACGAACGCGCAGAUGAACGAGUUUGCGCAUGGAGGAGGGGUGGAAGAAGAGGACUUAUUGCAGGGCCGAGAAAGGCAAGCUACGAUCGCCUCCCGACAGACUGAUUAUGAGCGCAAAGGUCGACUGGCGAGGGGCCCACUCACCCCAACUCGCGCCGAUCCAUUCGCGGCAAAUCGUCAAGCAGGAGUCGAAGACCAAGGCCAAACCUAUCGCGAGCUUAUGGCCGCAAGAGAUCUGGAGAGGGAAGAAGAACGAGUCAAGAAGCUCAUUACAGACAAGCAAGCGACCGGAGAAGGUGGCGUCGUUGAGCAUCAGGCCACUCUCAAACACGUGGACAGCAGCGACAAGGAAAACAGAGAGGCAGGUUCGACAGUCACAGUGGCCUCUGGGAGGAAGCGGAAACAGCGUUGGGAUGUAGCAGGAGAAGGCACACCUGCUCCGGAGACGGCCGACUCGAUAACCAAACGAUCUCGAUGGGAUCAAACGCCAGCCCCUGGAGAGAUGGCUAUCGAUGCUACUCCUCGACGCUCGCGGUGGGAUCAAGCGCCAUCUCUUAGUGAUGCCACGCCAGUCGGCCAACAAGGCCUAGCAACUCCCAUACAUCCAUCUCAAUCAGGCGCCGUCAUGAUGCCCACCACUUUUGGGACUGACAUAUCCUCCCGAAAUGCCCCUUUGUCUGAUGAAGAGCUUGAUAUGAUGCUGCCCGGCGAAGGCUACAAGGUCCUGGAUCCGCCACCUGGGUAUGCACCUAUAAGGACUCCCGCCCGAAAACUCAUGAGCACACCAGCACCUGUGGCAAGCUCGACUGGAUUAGGAGGUUUUAUGAUGCAGGAACCGGAGAAUGCCCGAGCGAUGGGUAAGCAACUACCGACCGAGAUCCCUGGCGUUGGCGAUUUACAGUUCUUCAAGGCCGAGGAUAUGGCUUACUUUGGGAAGCUUGUUGAUGGGGGGGAUGAAAAUGCCAUGUCCGUGGAAGAGCUCAAGGAGCGGAAGAUCAUGCGUCUUUUACUUAAAGUCAAGAAUGGAACACCACCCAUGCGCAAGACCGCGCUUCGGCAACUGACAGACAAUGCACGCCAAUUCGGUGCCGGCCCUCUUUUCAACCAGAUACUUCCUCUACUCAUGGAAAAGACGCUCGAAGACCAGGAGCGCCAUUUGCUUGUCAAGGUCAUUGACCGCGUCCUGUACAAGCUCGACGAUCUUGUCCGACCCUAUGUCCACAAGAUUCUCGUCGUCAUCGAACCGCUACUCAUCGAUCAAGACUAUUACGCUCGUGUCGAGGGUCGCGAAAUUAUCUCCAAUCUCAGCAAAGCGGCUGGUUUGGCCCAUAUGAUCAGCACUAUGAGGCCCGACAUCGACCAUGUCGAUGAAUAUGUCAGAAAUACCACGGCCAGAGCUUUCGCCGUAGUUGCUUCGGCUCUUGGCAUACCGGCUCUGCUUCCUUUCCUCCGAGCCGUGUGUAGAAGCAAGAAGUCAUGGCAAGCCAGACACACAGGAGUCAAGAUCGUUCAGCAGAUCCCUAUCCUGAUGGGAUGCGCUAUCCUCCCCCACCUUAAAGGUCUGGUGGACUGCAUCGGCGACAACCUCAACGACGAGCAAGCCAAGGUCAGAACUGUUACAAGUCUAGCAAUCGCUGCACUUGCCGAAGCUGCCAAUCCUUACGGUAUCGAAAGCUUUGACGACAUUCUUAAUCCCCUCUGGACAGGCGCAAGAAAGCAACGAGGCAAAGGCUUGGCUGGAUUUCUCAAAGCCGUUGGCUACAUUAUCCCUUUGAUGGACGAGGAGUACGCCAACUACUACACAAGCCAGAUUAUGGAGAUUCUGCUUCGAGAGUUCUCGUCGCCAGAUGAGGAGAUGAAGAAGGUCGUACUGAAAGUCGUGUCUCAGUGUGCAGGCACGGAUGGCGUGACUGCCGGCUAUCUCAAGGAGCACGUUCUUACCGAGUUCUUCAAAAGUUUUUGGGUCCGCCGAAUGGCCUUGGACAAGCGAAACUAUCGACAGGUUGUCGAGACAACUGUGGACCUCGGGCAAAAAGUUGGUGUCAGUGAAAUUGUCGAGAGGGUGGUCAAUAACCUAAAAGAUGAGUCCGAGGCUUACCGAAAAAUGACACUUGAGACGAUUGAGAAAGUCAUUGCGAGCCUGGGUGCCGCAGACAUCGGCGAGAGGCUCGAAGAGCGUUUGAUCGACGGUGUACUCCACUCAUUCCAAGAACAAAGCGUUGAAGAUAUUGUCAUGCUCAAUGGCUUUGGUACUGUCGUCAACGCCCUUGGCACUCGAUGUAAACCUUAUCUCCCCCAGAUUGUUAGCACCAUACUAUGGCGGCUUAACAACAAAUCCGCCACCGUCCGCCAGCAGGCUGCGGAUCUCAUCUCUCGAAUCGCCAUGGUCAUGAAGCAAUGUGGUGAAGAUGCCCUGAUGGGCAAGCUUGGAAUUGUUCUCUACGAGUACCUUGGAGAGGAGUAUCCAGAAGUUUUAGGUUCUAUACUUGGUGCGCUUCGUUCGAUUGUCACCGUCGUUGGGAUCAAUUCUAUGCAGCCACCCAUCAAAGACCUGCUUCCGCGUCUUACACCCAUCCUACGGAAUCGCCAUGAGAAAGUACAAGAAAAUACCAUAGAUUUGGUAGGCCGUAUCGCUGACCGAGGUCCUGAGAGCGUCAACGCCAGAGAGUGGAUGCGAAUCUGCUUCGAACUACUCGAUAUGCUCAAAGCACAUAAGAAGGGAAUCCGACGUGCAGCAAACAACACCUUCGGGUUCAUUGCAAAAGCCAUUGGUCCUCAAGAUGUGUUGGCUACGCUACUCAACAACCUUCGAGUUCAAGAACGACAGUCGCGCGUCUGUACCGCCGUCGCCAUUGGCAUCGUUGCUGAAACCUGCGCGCCAUUCACUGUUCUUCCAGCUCUUAUGAACGAGUACAGAGUACCUGAACUAAACGUACAGAAUGGUGUGCUCAAAUCGCUCUCAUUCCUCUUCGAGUACAUUGGAGAAAUGGGUAAAGAUUAUGUCUAUGCAGUGACUCCUUUACUUGAGGACGCACUUACCGAUCGCGAUCAAGUCCACCGCCAGACUGCGGCCUCAGUGAUUAAGCACAUUGCUCUGGGCGUAGUCGGACUGGGCGCUGAGGACGCCUGUUGCCACCUACUUAACCUCCUUGUGCCGAAUUUGUUCGAGACCUCUCCCCAUGUCAUUGACCGCAUCACGGAAGCCAUGGAAGCCAUACGGAAUGCUGUCGGUCCAGGGAUCUUGUUGAACUACGUCUGGGCUGGGUUGUUCCAUCCAGCGAGGCGCGUUCGUCAACCAUACUGGAGGUUGUACAACGACGCAUACGUCCAGAGCGCUGAUUCCAUGGUGCCAUAUUUCCCCAGCCUUCCGAACGAGGAUCACAUGAACCGCCAUGAGCUCGCAAUCGUGCUAUGA